AACAACUAGUGGGGGUUUCAUAAAUUUUGUAAGAGUUAAGGGAUUCUUUUAAAAGUUAUCACGAUAAAUGAUGGAACUGGCAGUUGGUGGUGGUGUUAUCAAUUCUUAUUCAUAUCUCCAAGACGCUCAUUUCCUCUGUGGGUUAUUUUUUCGCCAGCAGAACUAAGAGAGAAAUUUAAAUUCGACGUCGUUUUUAUCCUGUUUGUGAUUCAGGGUUUCCAUUUCAGGGUUUUGAUCAAGAUGACGCCGGUUUGUCCAUUUGUGAAAGUGUCACGCCCUGAUGAUGCUUCUUCAAGAAAAGGAGGUGAGAAUUCAAAUAAACCUCCUGCGGAGUGCCCAUUUGCUAAAACAUUUCGUGGUGACGAUGGCUCCUCAAAGAAACCAGGUGAGAACUUGGGUAAACAUGAGGCAGAAAAUGAGGCUAACAAGGCAAAGAAUGAAGCCAAUGCUAACCCUGCCAUCAUUUCUCCAAGGUGUCCUUUUGGAUAUGAUUCUGAAACGUUUAAGAUAGGUCCACUUAGUUGCAUGAUUUGCCAAGCGCUCCUCUUUGAUACCAGCAAAUGUGUGCCUUGUUCUCAUAAAUUUUGCAAAGUAUGCAUAUCACGCUUUAAGGACUGCCCAUUGUGUGGGGCUGACAUUGAGAGGAUUGAACCUGACACAGAACUUCAGAAAGUUGUUGAUCGCUUCAUUGAAGGUCAUGCUAGAAUCAAGAGGUCUAAUGUUACUUCCGUCAAAGAGGAUGAAGUAGUGAGUGAAAAUAAAAAUGUGAUAUAUGAGGAUGUUUCCAUGGAGAGAGGUGCUUUCUUGGUUUCACAUGCCAUGAGGGCAUUUCGUGCCCAGAAUGUAGAAAGUGCAAAAUCAAGACUUAGUCUCUGUGCAGAAGAUAUCAGAGGUCAGAUAGAAAAAAUUGGCAAUACAUCAGAGUUGUGUUCACAACUUGGGGCAGUUCUUGGCAUGCUUGGUGACUGCUCUCGAGCGAUGGGAGAUGCAGCUUCUGCAGUUGCUUAUUUCCAAGAGAGUGUUGACUUCCUCAUGAAAUUGCCUAUGGAUGAUAAGGAGAUAACGCAUACACUUUCUGUGUCACUUAACAAAAUUGGAGAUCUGAAGUACUAUGACGGAGAUUUGCAAGCUGCUAGAUCUUACUAUUCUCAUUCUUUGGACGUUCGUCGUGAUGCCAUCAAAUAUCAAUCAAAUGUUCCUUCCCAGAGUUUGGAUGUGGCUGUUUCCCUUGCAAAAGUUGCGGAUGUUGGUCGGAGUCUUGGUAAUGAGAAGGUGGCUAUUGAUGGAUUUCAGGAAGCCAUUCAAUUGCUGGAAUCCUUGACAUUGAAACCUGAAGAAGCUGCUCUCGAGAAAAAGCGUCUUUCUGUGUUGGAAUUUGUCAGGGGCCAACUUGGAGAAAAACAACCUGAGUCAGCCGCCUGAGGCCGGGCCAUCAGAAUUGUAAAAUUUAUAUAUGAAUUAAAAUAGGCUCUACUAUUUAUAAUUAGCUCAAUUAGACAAGGCAGUCACAGAGGAUGAAGAUAACUUUCAUGAGCCGAGCGAAGAUUUGAGGCAGUCCUCUGCACAAGUGAUGGCGGCGACGUCUUGCCUAGUGAACUGUAAUUUUGAAGAGCACUUAAAGUUUGUACCCGUGGAUCAAUGGCUUACAUCAUCUCAAGCGUUCUUAUUUUUCUUUCAGUUAAUGGUGGGUAAUUCUUUGUUUUGAUGUAAAUGACUCCUGUUGAAUUGAUCUUUCGUAUGAUAUUGUAGUGGGUGCACCUUAUAAUAUGCUAUGUAAUAGUCUAAAAUGGAAGAAUGAUGUAUUAUUGGGUAUGAAACAAAAUAAUAAUAAGGAUGUACUAA